GAAAGAAGCAGAUGAUAUGGCAGCUUUGAGAGCGACCAGGUGGAACUUGCUUUGUUACCGCGGCUAAACGUUUGGUUAUGAAGACACAUUGAGUCCGAGACGGCGUCAGGGCAGCUGCUCGAAAUGAUUUACUUAAUACUGAUUUCCGCGUUCUCCGGAGCAGUCCUUACGUUGAUAUUACAGUUCCUGCUGAUAUACCGGAGGAGCCCCGAGCCCGUAGGCAGGACAGUGCAGUAUGUCAAAGUAGUGCCUGAUAACGCGUUGAAGGAUUACUUUAAUACCCAACAUGCAGAAGCAGGCCAGCAGCAACAGGACAGCACACCAUCUGCUGCAUCCAAACAGCAAGAGGCCGUGUCCGGCAGGCAGCAGGAGGCGGCUGUCAGCGGCGGCAGCCCCAAACAACAGCCGCCACCGCCUUCUCAAAGCGAGCCCAGUGAUGCGGCCAAAGCCGAGACGUGCAAUUUCCUAAAUGCUAUCUUUCUGUUCUUGUUCAGGGAGCUCCGAGACACCCCUGUCGUCAGACACUGGCUCACCAAAAAGAUUAAGGUGGAAUUUGAGGAGCUGCUGCAGACCAAGACGGCGGGUCGGCUCCUGGAGGGACUCAGUCUCAGAGAUAUCUCCCUGGGCAAUUCUCUGCCCGUCUUUAAGACGGCCAGACCUCUGAAGCCGGCGCAUUUGAACGAGGACGGCAUGCCCGAGGAGCUCAACUUUGAGGUGGACCUCGAAUACAAUGGCGGCUUCCACCUGGCCAUCGACGUGGAGCUGGUGUUCGGGAAGUCUGCCUACCUGUUCGUCAAGAUGAGGCGCGUGGUGGGCCGGCUCAGGCUGCAGUUCACGCGCAUGCCCUUCUCCCAUUGGUCCUUCUCCUUCCUGGAGGACCCGCUGGUGGACUUUGAGGUGAAGUCCCAGUUCGAAGGAAGGCCGCUUCCUCAACUCACCUCCAUCAUCGUCAACCAGCUGAAACGGGUCAUCAAGAAGAAGCACACCUUACCGAACUACAAAAUCAGAUAUAAGCCCUUCUUCCCGUUCCAAGUGCAGCCUCCACUGGGUUCGACCUGUGAUUUGGAUCUGUCAGUCCAGGACAGCAGGCUGGUGGAAGGCAGACUCAGAGUCACCCUUAUUGAAUGUAGCAGACUCUUCAUCCUGGGCUCCUAUGACAGAGAAACCUAUGUUCACUGCACUCUGGAGCUGAGCAGCCACCAGUGGAAGGAGAAGACCCGCAGCUCCAUCAAACGGACGGAGGUUAUCAAAGGGCCGUGUGGAAGUGUGGGAAUGACUUUCAGGCAUGUCCCAGCCAGUGAGGGGGAUGCAGUCCACGUCAGCAUUGAGACGGUCACGCCCAACUCCCCUGCAGCUGUGGCAGACUUGCAGAAGGGUGACCGCCUCAUUGAGAUCGGAGGUGUCAAAGUGACAUCCUCAGUUCAAGUGCCCAAACUGCUGAAACAGGCCGGAGACAGGGUGGUGGUACUUUACGAAAGACCAGUUCGUCACCAGACUUCCACUUCUGGAAGCCUGGGAACUCUGCAGGAAGGGUUCGGGCAGCUAGAGGAAACAGGUUUUAUUCCUCCACCAGGAGGGUACGAGGAAGACCCAGCCCCCAUCACUACCCUCUCUGACAUAUCCGAUAGCAAAGACAUGGACUCAGAGUUUGAAGAAUUGAUUGUGGACUCUAAACCUAGCCAGGCUGGUGGCCCUAACAGCAGUGCUACAAAUACCAGUGAGACCAAGGAAGAUUUCUUACUUUCUGUAAACCAAAGCCCCAAAAGGACUGUGGCCAACUUGGCCUCUAAGCCACUUGGUUCCAUAUCACCCAUUCUCAACCGCAAGUUAAACCUGGUGGGUCUUCAGUCGCCACUAAAACCCCAGCCCAAAGAAUCACCAAAGCCCUCACCACAUAAGACCAGUAGUGAUACAGCGGAGGGUCUGCAACGCCCCACUGUCCCACCCCCACCUCCUCCCUCUCGCCCCCCAUUGCCACCAAGACCUCAGAUAAGGCUGACAUCAGCAUCCUCAGAAACCAGUCUUUUGGAAGGCAUUGAUCCUGUCACAAUUACUAAUGCUACUGUUGCUCCCACCGUGACUACCACUGUCAGCACUUCUGAAAAAUCUCCAGAAAAAGUACCACUCACUGGAGCCAAUGAGGAUAAGGCUAGCACUGAGAAGACAUGUGUUAAGCAGGCUGAAGCAAAGCAGUCCACCAAGACAGCUGAAUCAAGUGAUGAGAUGCUAGUUCUUUCCACCGCGACCAGCAGCAGCGGUAAGGUUGAUCAAGCAAAGGACAAAGCUUCAGAGAGCUCCUGCAGCACACGGGACAGUCUAGAGGACCACUCUUUCUGGGAAUCCCCAGAAACCAUGUUUCGUAGCCAGACAGCCCGCUGGCCCAAGGCCUCUGUGGUGUUUGAGGUGGAAAGCAACCAUAAGUACCUUAAUGUGGCCCUAUGGUGCAAAGAUCCCUUUAAGCUGGGUAGUUUGUUAUGCCUGGGACAUGUCAGCCUCCAGCUGGAUCAUGUAGCCCUAGAAUGUAUGACCACAUCUUCAGCAGAGUACCAGAGCGCCUUUAGGUUGGGACCUCCAGAGCCCAGGGCUAACGUCAGCCGCACUGCGCUACGCAGUCUCAGCACCCACAAGGGCUUUAAUGAGAAGUUGUGUUAUGGAGAUGUUACUUUGAACUUCUGUUAUUUAGCUGAGGGUGAGUUUGAGUAUCCAGGGGGACUGGCAGAAAGGGAGCGAGAGGGGAGCCUUCAUGACGAGGAUAUAAGGGAGAGGGAGAGAGAGAGGGAGCCUAUUCCCUCAGCACCCCGCGAUGACUUGGCCUACAGCACCUUCCAGUUGACAGAAGUUCGUCACAACUUCCAGGACACCCAGUUCCAGAACCCCACAUGGUGUGAAUACUGCAAGAAAAAGGUUUGGACCAAGGCAGCCUCUCAGUGUAUGGUUUGUACCUACGUUUGCCACAAGAAGUGCCAGGAAAAGUGCCUCGCUGAAAAUCCUUUCUGUGUGGCAGCAGCUGAACGUCGUGGAGCUGACCCUGAAGCCAAAUCCACUAUAAACCGGGCCACAACUGGCCUCACGCGCCAUAUCAUCAAUACCAGCUCCCGCCUGCUUAACCUUCGCCAGGUGCCCAAAACUCGGCUUGUUGAGCAGGUGACUGAUGUGGUGCCUGGAGUGGUGGAGCCCUCACCCAAGCAUACCCCAAACACAUCUGACAAUGAGAGCAGUGAUACUGAGACCUACACUAGUGGUGCAAGCCCUUCAAAGCAGCCCACGGGCAGUGGUGGCAGCAGCAAACUUGUACGUAAGGAGGGCGGGUUGGAUGACAGUGUGUUCAUUGCUGUGAAGGAGAUAGGCCGUGACCUCUACCGAGGGCUGCCCACAGAUGAACGUUCCCAGAAGCUGGAGUUAAUGCUUGACAAGCUGCAGCAGGAAAUUGAUCAGGAGCUGGAACACAAUAAUGCCCUCCUGCUGGAGGAGAGGGAGGCCACAGACGCACGGCGCAAAGCCCUCAUCAGUACUGCCCUGUCCAAGUCUGGGGAGCGACUCCAGGCCCUCACCCUGCUAAUGAUCCACUACCGGGCAGGCAUCGAAGAUCUGGAGUCAGUGGAGAGCAUUUCUCCUUCAGAGCAGCAAGGCUUUAAAGGCAAAGGAGAAGGCCUCGAGGAAGAAGCCCUGAUGGGGACAGAGGUCUAUGACAGUGACAUAUGCAGCCCUGUGGAGGUACAACUGCUGGAUGACAUUACUGAGGAGCAGAUCUGUGUGGAGGCACUCCACUAAAUAAGACCUGAAAAAAAAAAAAAGAGGACCAUGUGCUUUGGACUUGCGCCUCCUUGCAAAAAUUAUAUGUGGUUUUUGAUUUUGAGACUGGGGGAAUUCAGAAGUCCAUUUUAAUUAUCAGUGAUGUUGGGCUCCAGUGUUUGAUUCCCACCUUUUUUUUUUUUUUCUUGUAAAAUGAAAGGAUCGUUAAAGGAUUUUCCUUCCUAAGGAUUUAUGGUGAACCCAUUAUGGAUUCAUUGAUUUGCUUAGUGCGAUGCUGUUUCUAUGCUCUAGGUUUUUAAAGGGAAGCUUGAAAGCUACUCCAUUAUCUGCCCUCAGCAGUGCUUCAUGUUUAUCUUACAGUUUUCUUUUUCUGUGGCAUCAAAAUAUCAUUGUAAGCUUGAAUUCAGGUUGCUUUGCUGUUUUGCUGUCUGUAACUGCUUUGACAUUAGGACUACUUUACACAUGACUUUGAUCGAAUGGUCUGAAUCAUCUAAAUUUUGGAAAGGAAAAAUAACGUUUAAUAUUUGUUUGCUUUGAGUAACAAGCCCAUAUGAAGGUGACGUAAGCAGGUUUAGACAUUCACAGUGAUGGAACGAUUCAUACGUCUAAGGACCCUGCAAGCAGUCAUUAAUGUCUUUUGUUUUGUGCACUUUUUACUGUAUAUUUGAAUUUUAGAAGUGACUUUCCCUGCUCACUAUGCUCUUGGGGAUUUCAGCAGCUGCAUAAUUGUCAGUGAUUUGCUUUUUUGUUAUUGGUUAUUUAGUUUUCUUUGGUUAGGAUAAAUAUCUUUGACUUUGUAACCAUUUCCUAUCCUUGGGAGGGCGUAAGAUGUAUUUACCUGGGGUGGAAAUUUUAAAUCAAUUCCUAUUUGCUUAUUAUUAUUUAUUAUUAUCAUUAGUAACCGUUUGUAUAUUUUUUUGUCUUGCCAAGUCAAGUUUUGUUCAGAGCACGGCUUAUGAAACGCAACUAUGGCACAUUGCUUAAUGAUACUAACUACCAUGGGUGCAAUGUGAGAAAGGCACAUAAUUGACUUUUUUUUUGGAUUGAUCUCAGAGUGAAUGGAGCCUGUGUGAUGUUACCAUUCUCCCAACUUUUUUAAAAAUUGGUUUCGUAAGUGUGCAUGUUAUGUGUGUAUGAAGAUGACGUCCAUGCUUUAUGGAGCGAUGUGAAGUCGUGCAGUUCAUUUGCCUUCAGGAGUUGGUUUCAAGCCCAAAUGAAUGUAUGUUCCUUUUCUGUGUUUUGUGUAUAUGCAGCUGCUUGGCACCGCCUCCCCCCAGUCGCCUUUCCUGGACGUAGCCUGUCACAGUGAUUCUAUCAUAACCGGCUACAGCUUCCAAAAUGCUAUGCUGUUUGUCUACCUUUUACACCCUUAAACAGCCAUUGGAAAAUAAUUGUUUUUGAGGAGAGAAUAUUUAACUUUUAUGUAUCAAGAGGAAAAAUCUACCCUUCACACUGGAAAGGUUUCAAACCUACCUUGGUGGUGAUGGGGUUUUCUUUCUGUAUGCUGAUGCUUGUUUUGCCAUUCACUGCAGCAGCACACAUUUGGAGCAGAGGCUGAUGGUAGAUACUCAGUGAGAUUGAGUUUGAUAGCUUUCUAAAAAUACCAUCUGCUUUCAGGAGGUGUUGGUAUCAGUCUGUCAGAACUGUGAUGUUUAGCAAGCAUACAAGGAAAACUUAAUUUCUGCAAAUAUACAAAUAUAGGGCCAAUGUUUGACUGGAAAAUGACUGAAAACAGCCAUGUAAAAAACAACAACAACAAAAAAAUCACAAUCCAGGAAUUCUAGUUGGAGGAAUUGAUCCAUUAUUUUGCCUGCUCAUCAGAAGAUAUAAUGCUGCACAGUGGUAAAGGUUAUUGAAUAUUAAUGGCAAUACAUUGUUUAUGCUACACAGUAAUCCACCAGGACUACACUUUGGUAAACAUCCGUGACGCUACACUGUGUUGUGGCAAAAGUUGAGACGGUUUCAACUUUUUUUUCCCUAAAACUGUGUUGGCACAUCUGUUGUGCCUCCACAGUGGUCGCAUUUAAAUUUAUAGGGAGGCAGCACUUUCUUAAGCAGCACCAAUGUCCAUCUAAACACAUUUAGGCUACAUCCACACCAGUUUUCAGUUUUAAAUGCCAUUUUAAAACAAAAUAACGUUCAUAUAGACGAGUCUUGUGGCACCUUUUCAAAAAAUCUCCGUCCACGUUGGCAUGCCUGACAAGAUGCGUCACAUGACCAUUCACGUACACUGGGCCAUAGGGGUGCCAGUGUUAAUACGAAGCUGACGUUUGUAGAAAAUGCUAGUAAGAAAAACAGAUAUUAUCUUAAAGGCGUUACAGUUUCUAGCAGAGAAAACUAGAUCAGCAAUGAUUGUAGUUUGUUGUCGAUGUAGAAUUAGACCCUGGAACUCCAGGCAUAUGUCUUUGGUUCUUGUGGAAAGUGGUCACAUGAUAACUGAUGAAUCAGUGAUGAGACCCAGUCAGAAGAAGAACAUGGGCGUCUGCGUCAUUGUCUCCAAAAGCCUACAUUUCUGCCCGUCCAGAGUAAAAUACCCUUGUGUUAUUUUAAGACUCAAACAAUGUAUCAGACAAUCUCAUUAGGCCCAAUUUACAUAGUGAACAGGUGUGCUGAGGUGCAGAUGUGUCAUUUUUGCCUUAAUAUUUCUUCUCUCUACGUUUUUUCUGCAACUACUUGUGAAUAUUAAGUAAUGUUUUUGAGGAGAAGCUGUAACUGUGGUCCCAUUUGUACAAUUUGUGGCGUUAAGACUAUAGAGACACAAGGGUCUUAGAGAGUUUAGACAUUUGAAACAGGAACAUGAAUACUUUUGUUUUGAGACGUGUUGGAUGACACGUUGGGUAAACUAAGCAUACAGAGGCCUUUAGGUUUGGGGUUUCCAGCCUUUAUAGCAAUGGAAAACAUUUUUUAAAAUAUACUACAUUGUUAUGAAUCAGUUACUUCGAACCCUUUCUUAUUCUAAAAUAACAAAUAGGUUGGAACAUCAAGUAGGUGAACACGCACAUUGAGGUCCUUUAUCUGCCCUACCUACCCUGACAAACCUGCUCUCAAAAUACUGCACUCAUAUUAGCCAGCUGGUUGCAGCAGUCAUAUGACUACAGCACUCGUCACAUUGUUACGUUGAAGGUGAACGACUGACGGGUUGGUAGACUGAAGACAUGGUUCAGUUAAAGCCAGUCUGGUGUUGUGAGCCUGGAAUAACACAGCUGCAAAGGAGUGUAUGCUAGCCUAAAAUCUGCUGCAAAUCUUAAGCAUUGCAUUUAAAAACCCAAGCUAACACAAUAUUAAGGCAACAACAAAAAUAACAAACUGCACUAAACAGCAGUUGAGGGUAGAUUUUUCCUUGCAUGCAGUGUAACUCUAAAAAAAAGACUUAAUCAUGUAGACUAAGAGGAAGCAAAGGCACAUUUCCUUUUCAGUGUCGUAAACAUGUUGCUUAUGUAUAUACUGGCUCACUGGCUGCUAUACUUGUCAAUCUCUGUAUAUCCAGAUUUUUUGUGCAAUAUUUUUGUAGGAAAUGAAGCUGAUAAUCAGGAAUGAAUCCCCAUGUCUGUGUUUUUUCUUCUUUUCUCUUUAAAUGUGUGACGUCUGUGUGCCCAUCCGUCUGGUAAUGUAACCUGGGGGGUUUUUUGGGGACCAAUGAAAAACCUCCAAGGAGUUGAGUUCAUACCAUAAACAUCUCUCUUGGCCUAAGAAGCACUGCUUUUGCUGCUGUUGUUGUUACGGUGUGUAUUUCCACAGAACUCAUAUUCACAUGCUUCUGCCUCCUCCCCCAGCCCUAACCUUUGAACCUGCUCAUGCAGUGUGAGUGCCCACCACGCAGCUUUCAGGAGGUCAACAUCUUGUUUGUUUCUUUUUUCUUCUUCUUCUUCUUUUUUUUUGUUGUGUAUGUGAAGGAUAUUGUACAACAGUUUUCGAGAAAGGUUCAUCUUAUGAAGCUUUAUUGUACAUAACCUAAAUAAACGAGAUCAAAUGAAA